UUUAGCUCAUUCUAUGAUGCAAGUUUCAUUAGAAAUGUAAGGCUACUUCCUUGACUGAUGGACUUCCCACCCUUACUGCGCUUUAUAAACCUGGCCGUAACAAGAGCUGUUCCCAUUUGCAGUUCGUUUUACAGUAGUUAUUUUGUUGUAUCCAAUAUCUGUGUGAUGGAUUACUUUCUGCUCUUAAUGUUUGUCCCAGCAAUGACUAGUACAACAGCUACUAGUACAGCAGCCACGACAGCAAUGAUUAAUACAACAGCAGCUAGUUCAACAGUCACCACGGCAAUGACUAGUACAACAACAAAUACAACAGUGACUAGUACAACAGCCACUACAGGAAUGAAUAGUACAACAGCUACUAGUACAACAGUCACUACAGCAAUGACUAGUGCAACAGCUACUAGUACAACAGCCACUACAGCAAUGACUAGUACAACAGCUACUAGUACAACAGCCACUACAGCAAUGACUAGUACAACAGCUACUAGUACAACAGCCACUACAGCAAUGACUAGUGCAACAGCUACUAGUACAACAGCCACUACAGCAAUGACUAGUACAACAGCUACUAGUACAACAGCCACUACAGCAAUGACUAGUACAACAGCUACUAGUACAACAGCCACUACAGCAAUGACUAGUACAACAGCUACUAGUACAACAGCCACUACAGCAAUGACUAGUACAACAGCUACUAGUGCAACAGCCACUACAGCAAUGACUAGUACAACAGCUACUAGUACAACAGUCACUACAGCAAUGACUAGUGCAACAGCUACUAGUACAACAGUCACCACGGCAAUGACUAGUACAACAACAACUAGUACAACAACAAGUACAACAGUGACUAGUACAACAGUCAAAGUGGCAACGACUAGUACAACAUUCAGCACAGCAGUGACCAGCCCAAAUCUGGUGUGUGAAAACAGUGGAACCUUGCAAAAGGGGAUCUGCCUCUGCCCAGACGGUUGGACUGGAAUUACCUGCAACAUUCCAAAUUUCUGCCCUGGACAAACAUUCCCAACACCCAACGCAUUCACUUUUCCAAAAACUGUCUUAGGCCAGUUUGCAUCCUCAGUAGAGCAGUGCCCGUCAAAUACACCAAAUGCUGGAAUCCCUCAAGCUUCGGCAUUCUGUAAUAUUAAUACUCGCACUUUCGAUUCACCAAACAAAGUAAAAUGUAAUUUGACCCUGGAUACUAUUAAUGCAGAUGUUUCUGGAGCUAAUUUGAAUGUAAAAAAAAGUUUGGCCUCCAGUACGCAGAUUCUCACAUCCAUACCAGAGCGACUGACGUCCCAGAACAUCACGAAUGCUGUUAAAAUUGCUCAUUUCCUGCUCUCUAACCAACAAACCACGAACCAGAAUGAUAUUGUAGUGUCAGCAGUGGCCACAGUCAGUCAACUUCUGAGCACAAGGGAAGAAAUAUUCUCUUCAGUCGACCGUUCUGCAGUUUCCCAACUAACACAGACUCUUCAGGAAAUCUCUCUAAGUGAGAAUUCAAAUCCACUGUUGGUGCAACCGAAUAUCGCAAUGCAGUCACUGAAGGGGCAAACGCCAAUCCGACAAGUGCAAUUAACCUUCUUUAAAGAUUUUAAUAAAGAUAUUGGAUUCGUCCUUUAUGAUAACGAUCGGUUCUUCCAGUCAAACAGCUUUCAGCCUACUCUUGAUACCAAGAGAAGAGUGAUAUCUGCCAACCUUCCAGAAAUCACUCAACUUGAUCAAAUUAAGUUUAUAGUCACAGAAUCGACAGAUAGCACUAUGUCUCUCAAUGACUUUGCAUGUGUAUUUUGGAGUUACUCUAAAAAUGACUGGAGCCCAGAUGGUUGCUCCAAAACAACAGGCCCAUCAGGUCAGGCAGAAUGCAGCUGUAUACCUAAAACUGUAAAAACAAACUUCGCCAUUCUGAUGUCAUUUAAUAUCAACUAUCAGUAUUCUGAAGCCUUGAGUUGGAUCAGCAUUAUCGGCUGUGCUCUGUCUGUAGUGGGUCUGUCUGUAACAGCAGUGUACCAAAUCAUAACCAGGAAGUCAAGAGGAAUCAACCCUACUCUACUAGUGGUGAACGUCUGCAUGAGCAUGAUGGUUUUCUACCUGCUUUUCAUCUUCGGCAUAAACAACCCUGUCAAACAUCUGACUGUGGCAAAGUCUAGCCAAAACAUAGUUCCUGCAUCUGACUACCACACGUAUCCAGACCAGGGUCCCUGUACGGUGUAUACAGCUCUGCUUCAGUUCUUCCUGUUGGCUACUUUCACUUGGAACACUCUGUACGGUGUUAAUGUGUUCCUCCUCUUCAAAAACCAUGUAUCAGGAACACCCGCGUGGUUUCCAAAGGUCGCCUUGCCUGUUGGAUGGGGUGUGCCUGCCGUUAUUGUUGGCAUUUCGUUGGGUACCACCUACAGUGUAAAGGAGCCUUUAGGUUACCGACAAGAAGAGUUUUGCUGGCUGGCUGCACUGGACCACAAUCUGAACUUCAGUAUGGGAAAACCCAUGUUUUGGGGAUUUGUGCUCCCUUUACUGCUCAUGCUGAUCUCAAAUGCAGCAAUACUGCUGCAUUUCUCCCACAACAUCUGCAAGACAAACCCCAACUUAAACAGAUCACGGACAACUCCUCUAAAAAAUAAGAUUUUGAGUAGUUUCUCUCUGGCAGUGAUGCUUGGCCUGUCCUGGGCCAUCGGUUACAUUUUGCUAAUCAUCCGUGAUUCAUAUCUGCAAUUUCUUCUGACUGUGGUUUUCUGUGUCUUAAACACAACGCAGGGUGUUCAAAUACUGAUUUUAUUCACCCUGAGGCCUGUACUAAACUCGCAUCCAGGUUUUCUGGCAGCUCUACGUCCAUCAACGAUAACCUUUCACAUGAGAACAUUUUAUUUAUGGAAAAAUAAGACACCAGAUAGCCAUGAAAGCUACACAUCCACAGCGCCAAACUCUGUCUGACAGGGACUGUCAAUGCUUCAGCAGUUAAUAAAGAAAUGGAGGAAUAUCAGCUUGUGUCAUGUACUGUACUGUAGUUUCAGAAUUGUCUUGGUGUUCAUAAACUGUAAACAGUGAUUAGUUACAGUAAAACUUUAUUCUCAUGGUCCAUUUGAGUAUUAGUAGAUUGUCUGCUUAAUAUCUGUUGAUACUGCUGCUAAACAGACAUAUAACUGACUAUAAGAAACUUUGCAAGUACAUGUCAACUUACACUAACCCUAACCCCAACCUAACAGUCUACUUAUAAUCUAAUGAGGAUAAGUUGGUAUGUAGAUGCAAUGUAACUUAAAUUCAACAAACGGACCAUCAAAAUAAAGUGUGACCUUAGUUUCUUUACUUGAAGUAAGUUAACCCAUUGUAACUUGAAAAUGUACUCUGACUUAGUUUGUAUAAUUAUACACAAUUUGCUACAGAAUCAUUUUAAAGGGCACCUAUGAUGAAAAUCCUCUUUGUAAGCUGUUUGUACAGAAAUGUGUGUAGGUGUGUCCACAGGGGUGAUAUAAAGACAAUAAGUCUCUCUUUUUUUAUUUUAUUUUUUUAUUUUACAUUUUUUUAAACUUGUAGUUUUUUUUUAAUUUCAUGAUGUUAAAAUAGGAUCCAAAUCCCUACCAUUUCGAGACCCACCGCAAUGUGGCGUAGUAGCAGGCCCGGAUUGACUAACCGGGAGGACUGGGAGAAUUCCCAGUUGGCCGGCCCGUUUUUUUUUGGCCACGAGAACCGGAGUUCCAUGCUGCUUGCACUCUCAGUGGUCGCACUUUUUCCAUUUAUUUAUUUAGUUGACCAUAGCCUCACUCUUUUUAUUCAUUAUUUUGCUGCAGCUCCGCUCUUUGUAUUUAUUUUCUCGCAGCCCCGUGAGCAAAAUGCAGCCUGCAGGUGAUGAUGUAACUAUCAUUCGACCCCAAACAGCACGGCACCUUAGUGAAAAAUAAUUCGAAUAAUUAAUAUUAAUGAAUAUUACACCUGCUCAAUAAAAAUCUGAUGAUUCACGACAUUAAUAAAUCUGACAUAACUUGAUCAGAAAUCUUAAAAGGGGAGAAAAAGAUUAAGCCAUCAAUAGAAAGUAAUACUGUGGUUAAAAUAGUCUUGCAGGUGUUAGUGUAAUACUCAUUUUUUCUUCCAAACGCACUAGUAUAACAGCACCAUUGUGGUCCAGUGGUCAGCAUGUUGCGUUAAGACCCGAAUUUGAACCUCACCUGAGUAAUUUUUUUCUCUCUUUCAUUGCCUUGUACUUGUACAUGUGUAAUGACAAUAAAGUUAAAUCUAAUCUAAUCUAAUCUAAUUUUUAGUGUUAAGACAUAAUUUUUUUUUUUUUUGUGUGUGCCCACCAUUACAAUAG